AUGCUCUUUCUUUUUUCUCAUGUAAUCUAUCUUUCUUUAUUUCUUUCUUGUGAUUAUCUUACUUUCUCUCUUAAAUGCUCUUUCUUUCUUUCUUUUUCUUUCUUUCUUUCUUUCUUUCGUUAUUUCUUUCUUUCUUUCUUAAAUGCUCUUUCUUUUUCUUAUAUAAUCUUUCUUUCCUUCUUUCUUUCUUUCUUUCUUUCGUAUUAUGUUUUUUUCUUUCUUGUGAUCAUGUUACCUUCUCUCUUAUAUGCUCUUUUUUCUUUCUUUCUUUCUUUCUUUCUUUCUUUCUUUCUUAAAUGCUCUUUCUUUUUCUUAUAUAAUCUUUCUUUCUUUCUUUCUUUCUUUCUUUCUUUCUUUCGUAUUAUGUUUCUUUCUUGUGAUCAUGUUACCUUCUCUCUUAUAUGCUCUUUUUUCUUUCUUUCUUUCUUUCUUUCUUUCGUUAUUUCUUUCUUUCUUUCUUUCUUAAAUGCUCUUUCUUUUUCUUAUAUAAUCUUUCUUUCUUUCUUUCUUUCUUUCUUUCUUUCUUUCGUAUUAUGUUUCUUUCUUGUGAUCAUGUUACUUUCUCUCUUAUAUGCUCUUUUUCUUUCGUUCUUUCUUUCUUUCUUUCUUUCUUUCUUUCGUUAUUUCUUUCUUUCUUUCUUUCUUAAAUGCUCUUUCUUUUUCUUAUAUAAUCUUUCUUUCUUUCUUUCUUUCUUUCUUUCUUACGUAUUAUGUUUCUUUCUUGUGAUCAUGUUACUUUCUCUCUUAUAUGCUCUUUUUCUUUCGUUCUUUCUUUCUUUCUUUCUUUCUUUCGUUAUUUCUUUCUUUCUUUCUUUCUUAAAUGCUCUUUCUUUUUCUUAUAUAAUCUUUCUUUCUUUCUUUCUUUCUUUCGUAUUAUGUUUCUUUCUUGUGAUCAUGUUACUUUCUCUCUUAUAUGCUCUUUUUUCUUUCUUUCUUUCUUUCUUAAAUGCUCUUUCUUUUUCUUAUAUAAUCUUUCUUUCUUUCUUUCUUUUCUUUCGUAUUAUGUUUCUUUCUUUCUGA